CUCCGAAGGCAUCAGUUUGUAAGAAAUCGUGUGCAAGAGUAGUCAUACUUGAGGUGAGAUCCCAUUUACAGCUAAUAAGAUGGUCGUUGUAUUUCGACAUGACUGUCAAGUAAAGUGAUUUGCACCGUGAGAUCCCUUGUUUGGAUAUAACAUAGUUUUGCAGUUACCAAAAGCGAUUGUUGUGAUUCACCAGAGCAACGUCAGAAAAUCAGGCAGAAUGUCGACUACCUUCUGAUGUAGCUGAGGUCCAUCAUGAUACGCUCAUCACACCCUCUCUUUCGGAAGAUUCCCAAAAUACUGGGGAAAGGCUUCCUGAAACAGAAAGCCUCUUCCGACAUAGGCCCCGCAGAUUGUACGCAGAUUGCCCCGCGUAUAGUUGAGGUUCAGUCGACCCACGAGGAAAGGAGAGAACUGUAUAAUCGUCAUGAUUGGAGAAGGAGUAAAUACCAGAGCGAUUACGUCAUAGUGCACGCCAUGGCAGACGAGCACCAUGCCAGGCUGAUUCGGGCGAAGCUGGAAAGCAGCGUGAAAGACGUGGUCGUCUUGGGCUCGUGGAGCAUCAGCUUGGGAGAACAGAUCCUCGAAGCUUGGGAGCGGAUGCUUCGCAACACCACGACCGUCUUAGUGUUGAUGUCGAGGGCGCUGUGCUCGGAGAGGCUCCCCGUCUUGACGUCUAUGACAGCGGUACAAGAGCUCGUGACGGUUGUGCCGAUUUUCCUCGAAGACAUCCCCAGGGGUGGGCUGCCCGAUGGAAUCAACAUGUUGCGGUACCGUCAGGGAGUGGACCUGUACCGGCUUGGGCACGACGCCAGCGUGGCUGAACUCGCUCGCCAUACUUCAGUGACAAAGCGGUACGCUAGAGAGUGCGCUUCGCUCAGGAAACUGCAGAAAAUUCGUCGUCAGUCUUUAAAUUGGCAGAUAAUGCUUGUCUGUGACUUGAAAAAGGACACGCAAAUAAAACAUAACAGCAUAUGAUCUGGUGGAGCAUUAAACCGGAGUCUAGUCAGUCCAACGAAUAAACAUUGACUUUGCAGAGGAAAAGAGAGUACUUGCAUGUAUAUACUUUGACUAGAUCGUGUAUGAGUGUGUCUGCAUAGGGUAUUGAGACGCCGUGUGCGUGCGCGUGUCUGUGUGACAUGCCUUGUCAGA